AUCAUCUCCGUCUUCGAUGCUGAAUUCUGGUGAAGCAAAUAGUUCAAUUCCGCUGUAUCCUCAAUUGUUUAAUAUGAUUCCCCUCAGCUGCAACAUGCUGGGGUCAGCUUGCAAUAAUUUUUUCUCUGCUUGUCUAGCCAGAGAGGAGCGGGAUGAUCUUAUAAAUCAUACUAAUGGCGGGGUUGCCCUUACUGGAUCAGCUUUAUUGGGAAAGUUUGGGCCACUCAUUGGUUCAGCUGAUAUAGCUGAAUCUUAA